AGGAGGAGGAGGAGGAGGAAGCGAAGGCGUUAGUAAGUGAAAGGGACGAAAACGCCGUUUACUGAAAUUACGGCGUUUUCCAACGAGGUAUGCUAACAAUUAUUAAAAGUUGGUUGAUUGAUGAUGAUUUGGGCUUGUGCGGGUUCAAGGAACAAGUUUUGACGUGGUCUCUAAUAUAGUGACUAAUCGAAACUUUACCAUUUGGUCAAAUUCAAAUCAGAAUCAUGAACAUAGCUGGAUACACAGAUGUCUGUUAGCUUUUUGAAAAUGGCCACGAGUAUUGAAGGUCUGAAUUUGGUCUUGAUGGGAAGAACAGGAGUCGGAAAAAGUUCGUCCGGAAACACAAUACUGGGAAGAGACGUUUUCAGAUCAAAGAGAAGCUCCAGAUCGGUCACGCAGGAUGUUGCUGUUGAAUCUGCGACUGUUGGCGACUUUCCAGUCACUGUUUAUGACACACCGGGAUUAUUUGACAUGCACACAAGUGAAAACGAGGUCGAUCUAAAAUAUAAGAGCGUUUUACAGAAAUGCGAGUCUGGUCUCUGUGCAUUUCUGCUGGUCAUCAAAGCUGACCGAUUCACUGAAGAAGAGCGAAGAACCGUGGAGAAGAUUGAGAAGCUGCUGGGAAAAGAACGGCUGGAGAAAACCUGGAUUCUCUUCACCAGGGGAGACGAACUGGAGGAAGAAAACCUGACAAUACAACAAUUCAUCAGUGAGACAGAGCCGCUGAAGAAACUCAUUCAGAAAUAUAAUCACAGAUACCAUGUGUUCAACAACAGGGAAAGAGGACCCACUAUGCAAGUUAAAAAGCUUCUUAUAAAAGUGCUUACCGAGAUACUGAAGCAGCAGCCACUGGUGACACGAGACACUACAUCUAGAAAAACACUACAUUUUAAACCAGACGCUGCUGUCUCCAGUCUCUCGUCCAGGAGGAUAGUUCUUCUGGGUCAAACUGGUGUUGGGAAAAGUGCGUCUGGAAACACAAUCCUGGGACAGAGAGAGUUCAGAUCUAAGAUGAGCUUGAAUGCGGUGACCAGUGAAUGUUCAGAAGCUCACGCCACUGUUUCGGGCCGAUCGGUGUCUGUGGUAGAUACUCCUGGAUUCUUCAAUGUACAGAUGAGGCCUGAAGACUUAAUAACAGAGAUAGCCAGAAGUGUUUAUUUAUCCAGUCCUGGGGCUCACGCUUUUCUCAUUGUGUUUCCUGUGAAUAUAAGACUCACUGAUCAGGAGUUACAGAUUCUUCAGAUGAUUGAGCUCAUGUUUGGAGAAGAAGUGUUAAAAUACUCCAUCGUUCUCUUCACUCAUGGAGAUCAGCUGGAAGAAGAGUCUGUAGAGGAACUCAUUAAAGAGAACUAUAUAUUUAGACAUCUAGUAGAUCAGUGCGGAGGAAGAUAUCAGGUGUUCAACAAUAAAGAUCUGAAUAACAGAGAGCAGGUGAAUGAUCUGCUGCAGAAGAUUGACUCAAUGAUAAAGCAGAACGGAGGACGACACUACAGUAAUCAGAUGUUUGAAGAUGCUCAGAGAUUCAGACGAGAGGAAGAAGAGGAACGAAGACGAGAAGAGGCAGAGAAGAAAGUCCGAGCAGACAUUCGUGAGCAUAGUAAUGACCUAGAAAGAUCUGAAGCUGAGAGACAAAGAGAGAAAGAGGAGAAAACACUUUUGAACCGUUUUAAGUAUCAUUGUGUGGUUGCCGGAGUGGUUGUUGGAGCUGCUGUCGCUGCACCUCUUUCUGUUAUGUCUGCGCCUCUUUCUGCUUUGGCUGCACCUGUCGUUGCCGCUGCUGCAGUUGCUGGAGCUCUUGGAAUUCAUCUCGGUGAAGCUUUUGUUGCUCAGAAGAAGAAAAAAGAGCAGGGAAAAAAUAACGGAAGCUCUAAAAUGUGAAAUAUUCAACAAAGCCGUAACGCAGCUGCUGCAUGCUUCAUUUCGACAGCAGAUGAAAUCCGCCUGAGAGAAAUGCAUGUCUUAGUUUGACGUGUGAGGAUCAGGGUCGAGCUGUAGACCACUCUCCGCCUAAGAACAGUAGUAGUAGAAACAUCAGAAAAGCUGGACACUAUAAUCUACAUCCAGCUGAUGAGAUGCACUGGACCGGCAGCAGUCAGAACAGAACCUGUGCAUCUUUUUAAACCAUGUUUAGCAUGUCAUUAUCAGUAUUUCAGGCUGCAUGAGGCAACCGAGCGUCCUCAUGGCCUCAACGAAGAUCUUCAAGACACUUCUACACAAGAUCUUUGUUCUUUAAUAAGAUUGUUUGUCAACAAGAAAGACUGUGAAAGUUUUGCUCUUUGUGAGAGUUGCUGCUGAUUCCUAUAACAAACAUUUGUUAAAUUCAAUUCAUAAUGCAAGCAAUAAAGAGGCCAAUUUGGCAAUAUUUUUUA